AAAACUUCCAGCAAACGGCAAAUUUUUCCUCUUGAAAGAUGUGUAAUACUGCCUGUGGUUCGGUGUCGUAUGCCCUGGCCUACGGUCCAGUGGGUCCCGCCCUGCCCGCAAUGAACUACAGCAACUGCUGUUGUGGCCCCUGCCCACCCUGCGGGCCCUGGACCUGUCCGCCCAACCGCUGCUGUGGCUGCGGCGAGUAUGGAUGCUUUGGACCCUACUACUAAGGAGAAGACUCGAAGCGUUGCAGAAGGAUUCUCGGAGCAAAACGAAGUGGAAAUACCUCGCGGAAUUAGAGGAGCAAAGAUUUGUUUUCUUGCUUUUAUACAGCUGUCUAUACAAUAAAUUAUAAUGUAUUGAAAAU